AUGGCCAUAGAGAAGAAUGCCGAAGUAUCAGUCAAAGUCGUGGCUGGUAACUCAGCAUUGGAUUAUGAUGCUUCAUUCACCGGUGAAGUCAAAACCAUUGAUGAACUGCUAUCCCCAGUCUCGCAAAUGGAAACUGGGACUGUUCGGUGCAUCGGCCUAAACUAUAAGGAGCACGCAGCCGAGAUGAAGUUGACUAUUCCAAACACGCCGACGUCAGUAUCUGCUUUUGCUUUUUUUUUCUGGCACUUUCUCAUACCGUGCAGUGUAUUCCUGAAGGCUAGCACUUGCAUUGCAUCUGCAUCCGAACCGAUUAUACUUCCCUCCAACGUGGAUUAUGAUGAAGCAGACUAUGAAGUUGAGUUGGCGAUAGUCAUCGGCCGACAAUGCAAGAACGUUUCGGUCUCCGAAGCAGCCGACUAUGUUCUGGGAUAUGCAGUCGCCAAUGACGUGACAGCCCGCAAGCAUCAAGAAAAGACAUCACAGUGGUCUUAUGCAAAGGGAAUGGAUGGGUUUUGCCCACUCGGUCCAUGUAUCGUGUCUACAGAACAAAUCCCCGAUGCUGCGGUUUUGAAUUUAAAGACCCGUCUCAAUGGAAAGAUUAUGCAGAAUGGAUCCGCCGAUGACAUGAUCUUCAGCAUACCAGAAAUUGUGUCUUACGUAUCUCAGGGCCACACUUUAUUGCCCGGCACCGUUAUCAUCACCGGAACGCCUUGUGGUAUUGGUAUCUCACAGAGCCCACCACAGUUUCUCCAGCCCGGAGACGAGCUGCGGAUAAGCAUAAGUCAUGGGUUAGGCACUCAAAUAUGCCCGAUUGCGAGAGCUUGA